GACCCAAAUUCGUCAUUCCUACGACUCAACAGCUGCAGAAUGAUGCUGAAGAUUGUCGUGCUUGCCGUGCUGGCCUACACGGCUUACUCCAAGCCAGGGGUUCGUAACAAAGAUCUUGAAUUUGCAACGGAGGAGCUUUUUCGCUACUUCGGUGUUGAAAGCCACGAAAAAGCCCCGGAAUAUGAGAUUGUGUACCCACUCGUAGUCGAAGCUGAAGGCAAGAGGAGUGUUGGCAAGGGAGCCACUGCCGCCUCAUUCUUAGAACUGGAAGUCGAAGCCUUUGGAGAGACGCUUAACCUCAUCGUAGACCACGACGACAGUAAUUAUGCCCCUGGACUCAAGGUUGAGAUCUACACAGAUGAAGGCAUCCAGAAAGUGCCACUUCGGACUGACUGCGUCUACACAGGGAAGGUAGCCGGUGAAAAGGACUCUCUUGCAUCCGUAACCGUUUGUGACGGCUUGAUGGCGGUCAUAUUUCGCAACCAUGGCCGUGGUGAGCUUUACAUCGAGCCACUAGAUGACGAGGAUGCCGUCAAGCGAGAUGUUGGUCGCGGUCACCCGCACGUUGCCUAUAGGAACAGACCAGUGGAAAGAGGGGCAUUCUGCGAGACAGAACCGCCACCAACUUUGCCGUUAACAUUUGCUGACGAGCCGCCAGAAGCCUUGCCGAUUGACACGAAGGCAACGAAAUAUCUGGAGCUGGCAUUCAUUUCCGAUCCAGACUUAAAUGUUCGCAAAGGGGGCACCAGCGCAACCACCACGUGCCUUAACGCCCUCUUCAACGCGGUGAAAAAUGUUUUGCGAUUGAGUUCUCUGAGAGGAACUGCGCUGGUUCCCAGGCUGACGUACGUCAAGGUCUUUGGAGUACAUGAGACUUUGGCCAUGAUGCAUGUAGUCCUGCUAGGCUGGAAAUGGCUGCCACAGUUGGUGCAGUGCGGAGAGAGAGCAAAAGACAGACUUAACACAGAGGGGAGAACAAGAAUGAAAGAGAGUGAGUGA